AUGAAGCCCAAGAACAGACUUCCACUGAAGCGCCUGAGCGAGAAACCUUCCUUCGAAAGGCUGAACUCCACUUCUCUGCACAAAGGACAAGGGGUGAUAAAGAAACAAGAGAGAAAGUUUAUCCUAAUUUUUCAGACACUAAACAUUGAACAGAGAGGAGGAAAAAAGAGUCUAGAGACUGAAGGAAAAGGAGCAAGAAAUGAGGAGUCACCUUUCUUCAAAAGGGCUGAAUCUAGAUUCCCUCUCAGCCAAAGUGAGGAAAAGAAACAAAAGAAAAAACACAAGAAAUGGAGAAGAGCAGAACAUACAGAGGAAGGUGAUGCAGAUGCUCUACAGACAGCGGCAGCAGCAGCAAGGAUUAAGAAGUCCUCUUCCUUCAAAAGGCCUGAAGCCACUCUCCAUCCCAGCAAUGGACAAAGCCAGGAAAAGAAACGAGAGAAAAAGAAAAAACACAGGAAAUGGAGAAGAGCAGAACAUACUGAGGGAGGUGACAAAGACAGUCUGGAGACAGAAGCAGAUGAAGCAGAAUCAGGGCUGGAUGUGGCUAGAGCAUGGACCUCCCAGCACACUUACCUGCACAAAUCCACAGUCUUCGUUUCUCAUAAUCGCUCCUUCUGCCAGAAGCUGCUUCCCCCUCCGUGGUUGAAACCCACUUCCCCUCUGAGCAAAGGACAGAGCGACAGAAAGAAAUGGGAGGGAAAGCAGAAGCACAAACAAUUAGGAACACAAAGCAAAGGAGGGGUACACCUUCAGAGCCAACAGACAGAAGGAACAGAUAGGAGAAAUGAGGAGACACCUUUUUCCAAAAGGCUUGAGUCUGUUUUCCCUCUGUGCAAUGAGCGAAGGGAGAGAAAGAACAAACACAUGAAAUGGAGAACAGAAAAUACCGGGGAAGGUGAUGAAAAUGGGCUGGAGACAAAAGCAGAGGAAGCAGCAGCGGCAAGAAUGAAGAAGCUGGGCUCCUCCAAGAGGCUGAAAUCCAGUUCUACUCUGGACAUGGCACAAAAUGAGAAAACGAAACACUGUACGGAGCUAACCCAGAGAAAAUGGAGAAGACAAGAAAAUGAAGGGGACGGAGAUGCACAGAGACUAGAGUCAGGCAGAAGAAAUGAGAAUUCAAGCUGA